GCAGAGCAGAUAAAAUCGUAAAAGAAACGGGAUCAAAGCAGAGUGCAGAGGAGAAGUCGUAAGAGACCAUGGACGCCAACAAACCACCGGCGCUGCACCCAGCAAUCGCACCGCUCUCCUACUUGCUGGGCACAUGGAGAGGUCAAGGGGAGGGCGGUUACCCCACCAUCAAUUCUUUCCUCUACGGCGAAGAGCUCCACUUUUCUCACUCCGGGAAGCCCGUAAUAGCCUACACUCAGAAGACUUGGAAGCUCAAUUCAGGGGAACCCAUGCACGCGGAGAGCGGCUACUGGCGGCCUAAGCCUGAUGGUACCAUCGAAGUUGUCAUUGCUCAGAGCACCGGUCUUGCUGAAGUUCUGAAAGGGACAUAUAAUGCAGAGAAGAACGAGAUCAAGCUUCAGAGUGAACUUGUGGGAAAUGCUUCUAAGGUGAGAGAGACAAGUCGAGUUUUCAAGUUUUUAAAUGGAGAACUUUCCUAUGUGGUUCAAAUGGCAACCAAUCUUACAAGUCUUCAACCACAUCUUAAAGCCGUCCUGAAGAAGCUCUAAUAGAGCCAUACCCUCUCGAGCAAGGAACAUGACCACCAUGUCCAUUGACCCAGUCAAGUAAAAUAAUUGCCAAAUCCCUUCGGAUCGUUGUAUCUCAAUCUGAACUUAUAGAAAGUUUGUGUUUGUUUAAGCCUGACGGCAUUGGUCUGUCUUGACGGUGCAUCUCGAAAUUUUUAUUUUCUUUUUUUAUUUUGUAUUUAUUUCCAUUAUAUUCCGAUUCCAUUCUGUU